UUUUAUUCUAAACAGCAAUAUUUUCACAAUAUGAAGGUGAAGCUAGUCUGAGUUUUAGCAAUACUAUUCUUUAGCAUUUCAAUGGCGAGGAAAAUAGAGUUCCACUUUGAGAGCCUAAAUGAUGGGUCUUUUGAAGCAGAAACUUGCCAAGUUGGAGACCAAAUCGAAGUACAUCUUGCAGAAGAUCCAAAUAGCGGGUAUAUUUGGCUGAUUCCUGAGGAGAAAGAAGGAUAUAAUGCUAUCUGGAAUUUAGCAGAUAGCAAAUUCGAACAAUUAUCAGAAUCAGGUAAAAAUGGAUCAGCUGGUAUUCAUACCUUCCUUCUUAAUUGUGAGUACGCAGGAACCGAGCAUUUGACCUUUGUUUAUGGCAAACCAGAGCUUUAUAAUAGAGCCAUCGCUGAAUUCAAGAAGGAAGGAAUGUUUGAUGCUUUAACGAUGGGAGGUAAAGCUUUACAGCUCAGAAUCACAUCCUUAAGAUAAAUUGUU